AGGGCGUGUGGCGCCCCCAGGUGCGCCGGCCUCCGCCUCGGCGCCACCAUUUUGUGUGAGGGAAUGCCGGUCUUCGCUCGCCUCCGCCGCGGGCCGGUUCGCAGCUGCGGCUUGCCGCCCCCUCCCCUCGCCCUCUCCCCACCUGGAUGCUUGGCGUGCGAGCUGAUUGCUUUGGCUUGGGGAGACGCGGACUCGGGGAGGUGUGGAACUUCAGCGUUUAGACUCGGUUCACCCGACCAGGUGGCCUCCAGAGAUGCUCUGACCGCCUUCCUUUACCUGUAACUACUUUUGGAACAGAUAUUGUAUGAUUCUCCCUCCUCUGGAAUGCUGGUCGUUGCAGUUUUGUCCUAAUUGUGUUCUCAGCUCUCCAUUAUGCCAUUUUUCAAGAGGCCUGUGCCUCAGGAGGUGAAGCCUUGAACCCUGGGUUGUUUAUGGUUCGGGGGUCUGGAUUACACUGACUCCCAUGACUGUCCUUGGGGAGAAAGGAUGAAGCAUCUCACUGGCUUUUCAGCGUCUGGGAAGCGGCGUGGGUAUCGUAUCGGGUGGAUUCGAAGAUAACCACCUGAUGCAGGUCACCCUCCCCCGCUGGGAGAGCCGUUCCUAACGUAAAUUAAAACAGGAUGGCAUUCCCUGUGGAUAUGCUGGAAAAUUGCAGCCAUGAGGAAUUGGAAAAUUCUGCUGAAGAUUACAUGUCAGAUUUAAGGUGUGGGGACCCUGAAAAUCCAGAGUGUUUUUCUCUUCUCAAUAUUACGAUUCCUAUUAGCCUGUCAAAUGUAGGCUUUGUACCUCUUUAUGGUGGAGAUCAGACCCAGAAAAUUCUUGCUCUCUUUGCACCUGAAGAUUCACUGACAGCUGUGGCACUUUACCUUGCUGAUCAGUGGUGGGCUAUUGAUGAUAUUGUGAAAACAUCUGUUCCUUCAAGAGAGGGGCUUAAGCAGGUGAGCACUCUUGGGGAGAGAGUGGUUCUGUAUGUUCUGAAUCGAAUUAUUUAUAGAAAACAGGAAAUGGAGAGAAAUGAGAUCCCAUUCCUGUGUCAUAGCAGUACUGAUUAUGCUAAGAUUCUGUGGAAGAAAGGAGAGGCCAUUGGGUUUUAUUCAGUUAAGCCUACAGGAAGCAUAUGUGCCUCUUUUCUUACCCAAAGUUACCAAUUGCCAGUUCUUGAUACAAUGUUUCUAAGAAAGAAAUACAGAGGUAAAGAUUUUGGGCUUCACAUGCUGGAGGACUUUGUUGAUUCCUUUACAGAAGAUGCGCUUGGCUUGCGGUAUCCACUGUCUUCUCUCAUGUACACAGCUUGCAAGCAAUACUUUGAGAAGUAUCCAGGAGACCAUGAACUCCUUUGGGAAGUUGAAGGUGUUGGACACUGGUACCAGCGAAUACCAGUCACCAGAGCAUUACAAAGAGAAGCACUUAAAAUUCCAGCACUUUCUCAAAAUGAACCUAAAAGACCUAUGUCUGGAGAAUAUGGUCCUGCAUCUGUUCCAGAAUAUGAAGCAAGAACUGAAGACAAUCAGUCUAGUGAGAUGCAGCUAACUAUUGAUUCUCUAAAAGAUGCCUUUGCAAGCACUUCUGAAGGUCAUGAUAAAACAUCUGUUUCCACUCAUACUCGAAGUGGUAAUCUAAAGCGGCCAAAGAUUGGAAAGCGGUUUCAGGAUUCUGAAUUUAGCAGUUCUCAAGGUGAAGAUGAAAAGACCUCCCAGACUUCACUUACAGCUUCAAUAAACAAAUUGGAGUCUACUGCACGCCCAUCAGAGAGCUCAGAAGAAUUCCUGGAAGAAGAACCUGAACAGAGAGGGAUUGAAUUUGAGGAUGAAAGCAGUGAUAGAGAUGCACGGCCAGCACUGGAAACCCAGCCACAGCAAGAGAAGCAAGAUGGUGAAAAGGAAUCUGAAUUAGAGCCUAUGAAUGGUGAGAUAAUGGACGAUUCUCUUAAGACCUCACUUAUAACAGAAGAGGAAGACUCCACUAGUGAAGUUUUAGAUGAAGAAUUAAAAUUGCAGCCUUUUAAUUCCAGUGAAGACUCUACAAAUCUUGUUCCACUGGUGGUAGAAUCUUCAAAACCCCCUGAGGUAGAUGCACCAGAUAAGACCCCACGUAUACCUGACUCAGAAAUGUUGAUGGAUGAAGGCACAUCUGAUGAAAAGGGGCACAUGGAAGAGAAAUUGUCCCUACUUCCAAGAAAGAAAGCACAUCUUGGGAGUUCAGACAAUGUUGCUACUAUGUCAAAUGAAGAACGAUCUGAUGGUGGUUUUCCAAACUCUGUGAUAGCUGAAUUUUCCGAAGAACCGGUCUCUGAGAAUUUGUCUCCUAAUACUACUUCCUCAUUGGAAGACCAGGGUGAGGAGGGGGUAUCUGAGCCCCAGGAAACAUCUACUGCUCUUCCUCAGAGUUCUUUGAUAGAGGUUGAACUUGAAGACGUGCCAUUUUCACAGAAUGCAGGACAGAAGAAUCAGUCAGAGGAGCAGUCUGAAGCAUCUUCCGAGCAACUGGAUCAGUUUACACAAUCGGCAGAAAAAGCUGUGGAUAGCAGCUCGGAGGAAAUAGAAGUGGAAGUGCCUGUGGUAGACAGGCGGAAUUUAAGAAGAAAGGCCAAAGGGCAUAAAGGACCUGCUAAGAAGAAAGCUAAGCUGACCUGAAGGAAGAAGAAAAGUGGAUGAUAAAUCCUCUUCUUUGUAACAUAGUUGUUGUUUUUAAAAUAUGGUAAUUAAUAAACAGCAUGAGGCACAGGACAAAAAUUUCCAAAAUUUCAAUUUGAACUUAUUUACUAUGCAGUUUUUUGCUUCCCUUUAGAACGUAGAAUUCACCAUUGUUUUUAAUUUUUCAGGCUAUUUUUGGUAAAUGCAAUUUUUUAUUUUUAUUAACCAUGUUUCAAUUUUGGGAAACCAGAUCAUAUUAUAUUUUCUUUAUCAGGUGGUACAUCUGACCAUUAUUUCAAAAAUAUAAUUAAAAAGCUGUGAAAGUAGUAGGAUUUCCAUUACUUAUAAGGAUCACAGAAAUCUUUUAUACUAAGGGUUUUAAUAGUAAAACUUGGUGAGGGUUCUAGAAGUUUUAAAUUUCAAAACUAAUCACCAAUUUUUUAAAAUGUAGGCAUGCCUAAACAAAAAUAAGUGUCAAUAAAUUAGAAAAAAUAUAACUUCAAGUAAAUGAGAGCACAAAAACAGAAACUUACGGUCAAAGGUUCAUGAAGAUAUUUUGGUUUUGGCCUCUUAAUCCUAGAUAUAGAUGCAGUUUUUUCCUUUGACUUCACUAUCUAUGGAAAGGUACACAUAAAAUCUGUUUCUGAUUGAUUCUAUCAUCUGAUGUUAACAGUACUGUCAGGGAUUUAACUGUGGCAUGUGGGGACUAAUUAUUUAAAAUUUCAUUUGAAGUAUUAGUUUGCUGUAAUUUUUUUUGUCUGCAUAUGUGCAGACGCCUAGAAGUUUAGACUUCACUUUCACCUUUAAUCAGGUAAAAAUCACAACUAUACUUUGGAGACAUGGUUUAAUUUGGACUUCUGGUCCUGAUCAGAUAGAUAAAUUAAGCUGGAGAUUUUACUUUUAUCCCAACCCAGUUAACAUCUAUAUUUCAGAAGUAUGAGGCUCCUUCCUAAGGCAUCUCCUUAAAUCUUGCCACCUCCCUAAUUCUACAGUCUUAUUUAUAUUCCCCCACAGCUUUCAUCGACUUCUGUAACUCAUGGAGUGAUUCUCCAAUCAACAGAUCUUCCUGCCUGCCGGCUUAUGCCCUUGAUGUCCAUUUUUGGGUAGGUUUGGAGGUGCACCCCACAAUGUUAGACCUAUAUGGCAGGGGUAAAACUGCCCCCAGUGUUAGACCUAUAUGGCAGGGGUAAACUGCCUUUGGGGGAGCUGUGGUUACAAGGGCUUCAAUCAUAUUGGAGGCUUCAAUCAUCCUUUGAUUUGUACUGAGUACUGGUUGCAAGCUGGCCUGUUAAGUGUAUAUUGUGUUGCCAUAACAAAGGCCUAGGAAAAUUUGAAGAAAAAAAACACUGAACUGUUAUUUUUUGUAAUUUAUUUAAAAAUGGACAAAAUGGUUAUUAGAAUCCAAAGAUAAUCUAAAAACAGUUCUACUCUUUGGAAAUAUUAUGUGUACUGAAAUUUGCACUUAAGUUGGAGAAUGUUUUGAGACCAUUUAAAUUGUUUUAAAAAUAGGUUGAUCUUGAUCCUUAUGCAAAAGAAACAUUAAGACUUUGUGUCAUUAUUUGAGGUAGCUAAGGACUGAUGUUGAAAGUUUAUUCAGUCUAUAGUAAGCUGAUGUCAGGUCAGUAAAUUUUGUUUGGGGAUGUUGGUAUUUUCGAUCUAAUUAGUUAAGUUAAAAUCUUAAAGCAGACAAAAAUAGUAAACGCUCCUAUUUGUGUUAGAUUUUGAACAAUUGUAUUACCCUAUAUUUUCUUUAAUUAGUCAAAGGUAAGCCAGAUUAUUUCAUUCUAAAUGAAAAUUAAAGCACUUUGGCCAUUUAUUUUUUCAACAAAUGCUAAUACUAAGUAAAAAAAAAAGUAUGACUACUAUUAGUGAAUCUACCAAACAUUUAUGCUGUUUUGUACAUUUUAUGAGAAACUUCUGUCAAUAUCACAAAGGGAAAUAUUCUGUUAAGAUUCAGUAAAUUCUUAAUCUUUACAUGUUUCAUUUCUUAGAUUUGAAAACACUUGUAGAUAUUUUAUUUUUACUUGGGUUUGUUUAAAAUACUUUCUUUUCAAAUUAUUUUAAACAUGGAAACGCUUCAUGAAUUUGUGUCAUCCUUGCACAGGGGCCAUGCUAAUUUUCCCUGUAUUGUUCUAAUUUUAGUAUAUGUGCUGCCGAAGUGAGCACUAAAAGACUUUCUUUAGACAAGUGUAGUUUUUUAAAGAUUGAGCUCACUGGCUCAACUCUUGAUGUGUGAAUAUAGUUGAGUUUACAAAAAAUGUUUAUUAAUCAUAUAUGACCAUUGGGGGCUAACAGUAUAAACUUAUUCUUGUUAAACUUGUUUGGGUUAAACAGUAAGUGAAUUGUAAACAAUUUAGAAGUUUUUUGUUCAGCACACAAGAACACUUCUGUUACAGAUUAUCUCUGACAGAAAUUGUUAUUUUGGGGUUUAUAGAUUAUAGAGGGAAAAGUUAGAUCACUUGGAAAAACCUAACUCUCAUGUUCAGUAACUUGAGUAUAGAAUUUAUACCACAAUUUAUCUUCAAUAAGGAACCUACAUGAACUUAAUCAGUUAUCUGUAGUUUUUGCAAGGCAUUAGAAAAAAUUUCACAAUUACAGAGGACUGAAAAUGUGAUUUCAACUGGCUAGUCUAGUUGUUGAAUGUCCAGUCACAUUACACAUAGUCCUUUGUGAACUUAUUUGUGAAGGGAGUUCACUUUUUAUGUACAUACGUGUAUAUUUCCUUGUGUAAUAUAAAGCAGAUGGUUAUUAGCAGUAUUUUAGUUCUUUCAAGUUUAAAUUAUUCAAUUGCUAGACAUCACAGAAAUUAGUAUAUUUAAGAAUUUAUUAUAAAGCUCCUCUACAACUUUUAAAGGUGAGAGGGUCUAUUAUGAUUUUUUAUAAAAUCAAACAGCAUGAUUUAGAACGUCAGUCUUCUACUUAAAAUGUGUCUAUAUUCAUGGUAUUUCCAUUCAGUGUAGAUGGUAAGGAAAACAUCUAGUCAUUAAAGAUUUACUUAUAGCAGACUCCAGAACACUACCUACAAUGGGGUUUCAGUGACUAGAAAUCUUGAAGGUUUAUGAUUGCAUCAAAUUGAGCCUGUACUAAUAUCUAAAUAUCUGCUCUUAUGUUCUGCUAUAUCCCUUGGGAUUACCUUCUAAGGUUUGGUCACACCAGCAAACUGAAACAGAUCUUAAUGUACAUAAAAAAUUUAUACUAAUAUUACUCAUCUGUGUUACAGUAUUUUGAAAAAUGUUUCAGGUGUCAUCUAGUCUUUCAUGGGUGUGAUUAGUUACAAAUGUUAUGCUUAUGUUUUCAUACUUAAUAUCAAGCUUUCUUUGUACCUUACAAGAUAGUAUUUUUGGUUCUAAAAAAAACAAGCAAACUUCAUUUUUGUAGUAUCCAGAAAUUACCUGGAGUCAGUAUUUUUAUUCGCCUUCUAGAACUUGUGAUCCACACAUCACCCAUUUAUAUUAGUGGCAAAAUUAUCUGCUAAAAUCUAAUUGUAAGAAAGGCUUACCUUCUGUCAUCAAGUGAUUGUAUCAUCCUGGAUCGUCAUUUCCAAGGAACUAGCCUUUCUUUUCCUAAGCGUCUGUAUGUGUUCUAAAACUUCCAGUAUAUAUUUAUAGAACUUAGAAAAAAUGUUACAUUAUUCAGAGUAGCAAGUCUUACUGGAGUACCUAUGUUUGUUUUCUUGGUUUUUAUUUUUUUUUAAGUUUAAAAGUAGUAAUUAAACCUAUAUUUUGUGAUUGUU